CGUAAAGCUGUCAAAUAGCUACCCAACACUGGCAGUGACUCACUUGGAAAAUUUAGCUUUCCAAACGUGGUUCUCAUAAAUCCCAGGAAAUCCAAAGGCAUCGGGGAAACCUGAAACUAAAACGCAAAAAAAAAUAUCCUGGCGCAUAACCAGACAAACAAUGGAUAAGAAUUCAGACUUCGUUAUUAAGCAGGAGCCGGAAUCCGCUGAUUAUAAUAUGGCGAACGAUGAUGUCAUUUUCAUCAGCGAGAACGUGCAGCAACAGCCAACUGCCUCGUGGGUGAAGGAGGAACCGAUAACCGAGAUGGACCCAGCCCAGUUUGUGGUUCCUGGCGGACUUGGGUCUGAGAUGGCCAUCAAGAUUGCGUUCUACCAGAGGGAGCUGGAGAAGAAGGACUUUGCACUGAACAUGGUGCACUACGAGAAGGGCCAGCUGGUCAGCGAACGGGACGAGCUAUUGAAACAACUUCAGCGGGAGAUAUCAAAAUCCGAGGCACUAAACAUUGACGUCGAGAACAACCAGAAAUCAUAUGCCGCUGUCAUUAAGAGGAUGGAGGAUGAAAACGACAAUAAUAUCCAGGAGCUAAUCAAUCAGAGGGACAUGUUUCAUAUGAAGAUGCAUGAUCUGGAAGAAGCGCUGGAAAAAAAGGAUCAGGAGCUGGAGAAGAUAUCUGAGGAGCAAACGUGCUCCAUUUGUCUGUCGCCCUGGGAAGCCCAGGGGGCUCAUCGUUUAGUGUCGCUGGCCUGUGGCCAUCUCUUUGGGGAUAGCUGCAUCCGCAGCCACCUGGGUCACAACCCCUUCUGUCCAUAUUGCAAGCAGCCAGUUCAGUUAUCGAAUUUGCGUUACAUCUUUGGAUGCCGCAUCCAGCCGCGUCAGGAUCCUCCGGCACCGGCCUCACAGUCUACUACAUAUCAACUGGUGAUGCAGCCUAGUCCUAGUCUACCGCCUCCUGUGCUUUAUCCACUCCCACACUACGGAGUGUCUGUGGGACCUCCGGCUUCGGCUCCGGCUCGUCCGGUCGCAGUUGCUCCGGUCUUAGCUCGACCGACUCCGGCUUCUCCGGCAGCACCUCGUCCGACUUUGGCUCCUCCGGCUGCACCUCGUCCGACUCCGGCUCCUCCGGCAGUAUCUCAUCCGGCUGCACCUCGUCCGUCUUUAACUCGUAUGUUCUUGCCUCUUCCGGCUCAGCAAUCUGUACAGGAACAGCACACUCGGCCCACCCCACGUGAGACGGCCGCUCGUACUCAACCGAUGCAAGUGGCCCCAGGAGUGUUCAAUCAGCCGAGGCAGAAUUAGACCGACAGAGUCUAGUUAAUAUUAGUAACUAUUUCAUGAGAAUUAUGAACAAAAUCUUUUUCUUUUUAAAAACCAUGUAAUACCCAUGUUUAGCCAUAAAAACUACUAAGGCAAUUUUUAUUUUCAAAGUAUAUUUUAAACAAUAUUUUAUUCAUUAAAUAAAAAGAGAUACA